GGGAAUCAGUCGAGUUGGUGGCGACGCUCUCGCGCGUACUCUUCUGCGGUAAAGUUCUGUCGUUACCUAAAAAUGAAAUUUGCAAUUACCCUAUUAGCGGCUGCAUCUUUGGUUAAUGGUUUGCAAUACGAUGGUUACAGAGUGAAAUUUGGCUGGUCUGAUGCACUUGCGGAGAAAGAAUACUUCUUCAGUCUACCACGCUUAUUGAGCGAAGCUGAGGCGAAAGGAUGGCGACGCACCGAGCGACCGCCUGGGCCAUUACCUGAGCUCAGGAUGUAUUGCUCCACUGGCAAGAAUGUCUGCCCGCUGUACGAUACCGCCGGGUUCAUCGCAGGACUACAAGUCGGCAUACCAGUAGAAGGCUUUGAACACCCUCCGUUCUGGGCCCCGGAGAAAAAACUAGUGAAAUGGGUCGCUAAAGCCUCGCAUGGAGAGCCAGAGAGGGAGUACUGGACUGCAACACAAUUCUAUGUCUCGGAAGAAUCACUGAAAGCAGGCGCCGGGCCUACCGUAGAGAACGGCGCGACGCUGCAAGAUGGCGGCGUGUGGGUAGCUGGCCCCGACGGCCGUCUAAUGAGGAUACCCAGCACAGAGGCUGAACUCAACACAACCUCGUGGAAGAAACAAAACUGCAUCCCUAACAUGGGUAUCCAUUACCAUUACAAUAUGACACCGGACCUAAAAUGCGAGGAUCUGUUCCCCUGGUUCUCGACGACAACGGACACGGACCUCGCCGUCGUCGGCUUCCAGAUCAUUGGCAGAAUACCCAAACAAAAUCCUGACUGGUUCGAGAAAGUUCCGAAGGAUAGCGCCCCAGUAACUAUUCCAUUAGCACCACAAUGUCUGUACGACAAUGUGAAUAAAUACGGCGUUAUAUCUCUACACAUUUAUUUCAUCGAUAAGCCGUGGAAUAUCAAAUGCAAAGACGGUGAUUCGAUCAAAAAACCAGGCGUAGUCGCACGUUUGAUGAUGAACAGUGCUAAAUACGCCAACAAAAUCGUUGAUGAAGUGAAGAAUGUUUUUGGAUGAAUUUAUAUUAUCUUCUGAACGCCAUAUUUUACUAAUUUGGCGCAUUACUUAUUACCGACAAUUUGUAAAUAAAGUUUGCAUAAUUCUUGUGAGUUAAAUCUAUGCUUUUGUAAACAUUAUAUAUUAUAUAAUAUUUUAAUUGA